UGUGGACUCCUGCAGCCUGUUGAACAGAUGCACUGAGGCGGCACUUGGUCUCAGUUUUGUUGAAGACUAGUGGGAUGACUGGGUCCAUCUAGUCCUUCUCACUUGUAGUGUCCGUCAGACUUGAACUGAGUCCCUCCUCAGGAUGGGUUCAGUAUGAAAACAGAGGAUGAGCAGGAGCAACUGUCGGCGCUGAGCUGCGUUUUUGCGCGUUUUCUUGUCUCCUGUGAGGACCCAGGACGCUGUUCUUCCACCUGAAGUUUGCAGGGCCAGAGUGCAUGAUGGGAUCAUUCCGCCGUCCCAGGCCGCGGUUCAUGAGCUCUCCAGUUCUGUCGGAUCUCGCUCGGUUCCAUGCCAGCUCGCCGGCGCUGCAGAUUUCCAACACCAGUGUGUGGAACAGUGUCCAAUCAGCUGUGAUCAAGGUGUUUCAGGGCGGAGCUUUGCAGUCUAAUGAGCUGUACACACUUAAUGAGAGCAUCAGGUGGCUCCUUAAAACUGAAAUGGGCUCUUUCAUCACUGACUAUUUCCAGAACCAGCUGCUGACCCGAGGUCUGUCUGAAGUCCUGGAUCAGAUUCUCCUCCACUCAGGUGAUGACCAGCUCGUCAUCCUCGCUGACAUGUGGGACAGAUUCUUCACAGAGACCCUCCCCACCCUGCAGGCCAUCUUCUACCCGGUCCAGGGUCAGGAGCUGACGGUGAGGCAGAUGGCUCUGUUGGCCUUUAGAGACCUGGUUCUGUUGAAGCUCCACCUGGAGGAAGCUCUGGGAACAGCAGCGUCCAUCCCUCCACCGAUCACACAGAUGCUGCUGGUGCUGCAGGGCAUUCACGAGGCCGGCGGUCCCAGUUUGGAGUAUUACCAGUUGGAGCGUCUGGUGGAGAUCGUCGUGUCUCCAUAUCUCAGCAACGUUGUCCACGCUAGAAACGAGCUGCUUCUAGAGUCCCGUCAUCUCCGUUCAGCUGGAUCGUUGCUAAGCGACCAAUCCCAACCAGAGAUCACCAUCACUCAGCAUCACAACUCCUCAGACUCGUCCUCUCUGGCGCCGCUGGUAGAACAGGAAGGAGAGGCUUACCUGGAGAAGUCGGGCGGAGUGCGACGCCACACGGUAGCUAACGCCCACUCCGACGUCCAUCUGCUGUCGGCGUCGAGCAGGAUGCAUGCUGGGACGGAGGAGGACGGAGCAGAAGGCAGUACGGAUAGCAUCGGGUUUCUGGUCGGGGACAGACCGUUGAGUCCGAGGCCGUUUUCCAGCCAACCGGACAUGAUGGAGUCUCCGAGAAGACUGACGGCGGGGGAAGUCAUCUGAAAGACUCACGGUGAAAUGGAAAUGGUUUAACAGAGACUGAAAGGAGUGGAGAUGGAGCAGGAAAAAAAUAGGGCAAAACGAGUCAAGCUGGACAGAAGAGAAUGGAAAACCACUGGAAUAAGAGCAGGAAACACAGAAAGAAGAAUAAAAACUGACAGGACACAAGAUUAAACCAGCAAAAACUGGACUGGAUCAGCGACAGAAAGACAAAGAGAAGAAAAGACAGAACAAUGGAAAAGAACGUAAGCAAAGUUAACAAAUGAGACGGACACACACAGGACAGGAGACAAAGUCAAGGAAAAGGAAAGAGGAGAGAGAGGGAAGACAAACAGGAAACCACGACACUGCAGGUGAAAGUCUAAGAACAGGACGUAAAUCUGUUCAUCUGAGUCCUGACAGAAAGAGGAGGAUGUGGCUCAGGACUGAAGGAGCACUGGUCCAGCUGGGACUUUUACUGACAGAGCCCUGGACCUGAUCCUGGAUCAGUCUGUACCCUCAUGUCAGUACUGAUCUGGGGCUCCGGUCUUGCUGAGGUCAAAUCAUGUAAAUAUGUUGUUUUAGAAAUUUUACUGAACAAUAAAGCUGACUGUUGAAAUGAUUUAA